GCUCAGUCGUGGUCAAGGCUCCGUGAGCCUCUGCUGCAGGGCACAAGCGAGGGGGACCUUCAGGGAGCCUGCCCUGCCCUGCCCUGAGACAGCUUCCUUCCAGGAUUGGGGACAGCAGGUGCAGAGGCACUGCAGCUGCCCCGUUGCCCAGCCUCCUGCAUGAUGCCAGCCCAGUGUCCCCUCGGCUGCGGUCUGGCCCUCCUGCUAUUGCUGGGCACAGCCAGAGCAGGCCCCUUCUCUCCACGGCCCAAUGUGACACUCUCUGCCCCUCGGCCCCCUCCGCAGCCUGGGGGCCGCACCGUGGAGACAGGUGGUGGAAGUCCCUCUUCUCAGCUGUACGAGCACACAGUGGAGGGCGGGGAGAAGCAGGUGGUCUUCACCCACCGUAUUAACCUGCCCCCUUCUGCUGGCUGUGGCUGCCCCCCUGGCACGGAGCCCCCCAUCCCUGCUUCAGAGGUGCAGGCCCUGAGGAUCCGGCUGGAGAUCUUGGAGGAGCUGGUGAAGGGGCUCAAGGAACAGUGCACAGGGGGCUGUUGUCCUGCUGCUGCCCAGGCUGGCACAGGCCAGACAGAUGUGCGGAGCCUCUGCAGCCUCCACGGAGUGUUCGACCUGAGCCGUUGCACCUGUUCCUGUGAGCCAGGCUGGGGUGGGCCCACCUGCUCCGACCCCACAGACACUGCCCUGCCCCCCUCCACGGCGCCCUCAGCCUCCGGGUCCUGCCCCGACGACUGUAACGAUCAGGGCCGCUGCGUGCGCGGUCGCUGCGUGUGCUUCCCCGGCUACACGGGCCCCAGCUGCAGCUGGCCCUCGUGCCCCGGGGACUGCCAAGGCCGCGGGCGCUGCGUGCAGGGCGUGUGCGUGUGCCGGGCUGGCUUCUCAGGGCCCGACUGCAGCCAGCGCUCCUGCCCUCGGGGCUGCAGCCAGAGGGGACGCUGCGAAGACGGGCGCUGCGUGUGCGACCCGGGCUACACCGGCGAGGAUUGCGGGCAGAGGGGCUGCCCCCGAGGCUGCAGCCAGAGGGGACGCUGCGAGAAUGGGCGCUGCGUGUGCAACCCGGGCUACACCGGCGACGACUGCGGGCAGAGGAGCUGCCCCCGAGGCUGCAGCCAGAGGGGGCGUUGUGAGGACGGGCGCUGCGUGUGCGACCCCGGCUACACUGGCGACGACUGCGGCUCGCGUGUCUGUCCCUGGGAUUGUGGCGAGGGCGGGCGCUGCGUAGACGGCCGCUGCGUGUGCUGGCCUGGGUACGCGGGCGAGGACUGCAGCACGCGGACGUGCCCGCGCGACUGCCGGGGCCGCGGGCGCUGCGAGGACGGCGAAUGCAUCUGCGACGCGGGCUACGGCGGGGACGACUGCGGCGUGCGCCGCUGCCCCGGCGACUGCAGCCAGAGGGGCCGCUGCGAGGACGGGCGCUGCGUGUGCUGGCCGGGGUACACCGGGCCCGACUGCGGCACGCGCGCCUGUCCGCGCGACUGCCGGGGCCGCGGGCGCUGCGAGAACGGCGUGUGCGUGUGCAACGCGGGCUACAGCGGCGAGGACUGCGGCGUGCGCAGCUGUCCCGGGGACUGUCGUGGCCGGGGCCGCUGCGAGAGCGGCCGCUGCGUGUGUUGGCCGGGAUACACGGGCCGGGACUGCGGUACGCGCGCCUGCCCAGGAGACUGUCGCGGGCGCGGGCGCUGUGUGGACGGCCGAUGCGUGUGCAACCCAGGCUUCACGGGCGAGGACUGCGGGAGCCGUCGAUGUCCUGGGGACUGUCGGGGCCGCGGGCGCUGCGAGAACGGCGUGUGCGUGUGCGACGCGGGCUACAGCGGCGAGGACUGCGGGCUGCGCAGCUGCCCCGGGGACUGCCGAGGCCGUGGCCAGUGCCUGGACGGGCGCUGCGCGUGCGACGACGGCUACUCUGGCGAGGACUGCGGCUUGAGGCGGUGCCCGCAAGACUGCAGCCAGCAUGGCGUGUGCCAGGAUGGGGUGUGCAGCUGUUGGGAGGGCUAUGCCGGCGAGGACUGCGCCACUCGCACCUGCCCCUUCAACUGCCACGGGCGUGGCCGCUGUGAGGACGGACGUUGCGUGUGCGACCAAGGCUACACCGGCCCUGCCUGCGCCACCCGCACCUGCCUAGCUGAUUGCCGGGGCCGCGGGCGCUGCGUGCAAGGAGUGUGUGUGUGCCAUGCGGGCUACAGCGGCGAGGACUGCGGGCAAGAAGAGCCUCCCGCCAGCGCCUGUCCCGGGGGCUGCGGGCCCCGGGAACUGUGCCGCGCCGGCCAGUGUGUGUGCGUGGAGGGCUUCCAAGGCCCCGACUGCGCCAUCCAGACGUGUCCCAGAGACUGCCUUGGCAGGGGAGAGUGCCGGGAGGGCAGCUGCCAUUGCCACGAUGGCUACGCCGGAGAGGACUGUGGGGAAGAGAUCCCCACCAUUGACAACAUGAGAAUGCACCUGCUGGAGGAGACCACCGUUCGCACAGAGUGGACCCGGGCUCCGGGCCCCGUGGAUGCCUACGAAAUCCAGUUCAUCCCCACGACAGAGGGGGCGAGCCCCCCAUUCACAGCACGGGUGCCCAGCUCUGCCUCAGCCUAUGACCAGAGAGGACUGGCUCCGGGUCAGGAGUACCAGGUCACCGUCCGCGCCCUCCGCGGGACCAGCUGGGGCCCCCCUGCCUCUAAGACCAUUACCACCAUGAUCGAUGGGCCCCAGGACCUCCGCGUGGUGGCCGUGACACCAACCACGAUGGAUCUCAGCUGGCUGCGCCCCCAGGCCGAAGUGGACCGAUUCGUGGUGUCCUAUGUGAGUGCCGGCAACCAGAGGGUGCGGCUGGAAGUGCCCCCGGAAGCAGAUGGAACAGUGCUGACCGAACUGAUGCCAGGCGUGGAAUAUGUGGUGACCGUCACCGCAGAGAGGGGCCGGGCCGUCAGCUACCCAGCCUCCAUCAGAGCCAACACAGCACCAGGCCACUACAGCUACCCGGAGGUGCGCCCCCCAGCCCCGCCCCCCCAGCCCCGGCCGGGCCCCGCCCAGCGGCCCCCGCGGCCCCCGCGGCCCGCACAGGAGCGGGAGGAGGAGGCCCGGCCCGGGCCCAGCCUGCCCCAGCCCCCGCGGCGGGCCUGGGCCAACCUGACGGCCGAGCUGGGCCGGUUCCGCGGCACGGUGCAGGACCUGGAGCGCCACCUGCGGGCUCACGGCUACCCACUGCGGGCCAACCAGACCUACACGUCGGUGGCGCGCCACAUCCAUGAGUACCUGCAGCGGCGCCUCGCGGCCGCGGGUCCCGCGGGCUCCCCCGCGCCGUCGCCCCGCCGCCCCCACCCCACCGCCAGCCCCGCCCCGGGCACCAGGAAGCGGGACUCCACCCAGGGCAGACACGGCCUCUCGCCCGAAAGCAUCGACCCGGGGGCCGCGCCUCGCCACCCCAAGCCGGAGGUGCUGGGCAGUGCCGCGGACGGCGCGCUCCUCGUGUCCCUCGACGGGCUCCGCGGCCAGUUCGAGCGCGUGGUGCUGCGCUGGCGGCCCCAGCCGCCUGCACGGGGCCCGGGCGGGGAGCUGACCGUGUCGGGCAACGCGCGGACCGUCAGCCUACCCGACCUCAGGCCCGGCACCACCUACCACGUGGAGGUCCACGGGGUGCGGGCGGGGCAGACCUCCAAGUCCUACGCCUUCGUCACCACCACAGGGUCCUCACCCUUGGGCUUCUUGGGGGCUACCGAUGAACCUCCUCCCUCAGGCCCCUCAACGACCCAAGGAGCCCAGGGCCCUCUUCUGCAACAGCGCCCCCAGGAGCUCGGAGAGCUGCGUGUGCUGGGCAGAGACGAGACAGGGCGCCUGCGCGUGGCCUGGACCGCCCAGCCCGACACCUUCGCCCACUUCCAGCUCUACCUGCGGGUGCCUGAGUGGCCAGGGGCGCAUGAGGAGCUGCUGCCAGGGGACAGCCGCCAGGCCUUGGUGCCCCCGCCCCCUCCUGGAGCCCCCUACGAGCUGUCACUUCAUGGGGUCCCUCCCAGGGGCAGGCCCUCCGCCCCCAUCACCUACCAAGGCAUUAUGGACCUGGAUGAGGAGAAGCCUGGGGAGUCCUCGAGCCCACCGCGCCUGGGCGAGCUGACAGCGACGGGCCUGACCUCCGACUCUCUGCUCCUGCACUGGACGGUCCCCGAGGGCAAGUUCGACUCCUUUGUGGUCCAGUACAAGGACAAGGAGGGGCCCCAGGUGGUGCCUGUGGAGGGGCCCCAGCGCUCCGUCCCCAUCACCUCCCUGGAGCCGGGCCGCAAGUACAAGUUCGUCCUGUACGGGCUUGUCGGCAAGAAGAGGCACGGCCCCCUGGUGGCUGAAGGCAAGAUCCUGCCUCGGAGUGACCCCAGCCCGGGGACAGCACCUCGCCUCGGGAAGCUGUGGGUGACCGACCCUACCCCAGACUCACUGCAGCUCUCCUGGACUGUCCCUGAGGGCCAGUUCGACUCCUUCGUGGUCCAGUACAGGGACAGAGAUGGGCGGCCCCAGGUGGUGCCUGUGGAGGGACCUGAGCGCUCCAUCAUCGUGUCUCCCCUGGACGCUAACCACAAGUACAGGUUCGCCCUGUUUGGGAUGGUCAACAAGAAGCGCUACGGCCCCCUCACGGCUGACGGCACCACUGCCCCAGAGAAGAAAGAGGAGCCCUCCCGACCCGUGUCCCCUGAGCAGCCCGUCCUAGGGGAGCUGACAGUGACUGGCGUGACCCCAGAUGCCCUGCGCCUGUCCUGGACCGUGGCCCAGGGCCCCCUCGACUCCUUCGUGGUCCAGUACAAGGACGCGCAGGGGCAGCCCCGGGCAGUGCCCGUCGGAGGGGACGAGAAUGAGGUCACCAUCUCCAGCCUGGAGCCCGAUCGGAAGUAUAAGAUGAAUCUCUACGGACUUCAUGGAAGGCAGCGUGUGGGGCCCGUGUCUGUGGUGGCCAAGACGGCCACGCAGGAGGUGGUGGACGAGACCCCCAGCCCCACAGAGCCCAGCACGGAGGCCCCAGAGCUCCCCGAGGAGCCCCUCCUGGGGGAGCUGACGGUGACAGCAUCGUCCCCGGACUCGCUGGGCCUCUCCUGGACCGUCCCCCAGGGACACUUCGACUCCUUCAGCAUCCAGUACAAGGACAGGGACGGGCGGCCGCAGGUGGUGCGAGUCGGGGGCGAGGAGAGCGAGGUGACCGUGUGGGGCCUGGAGCCGGGGCGCAAGUACAAGAUGAACCUGUAUGGCUUCCACGAGGGUCAGCGUGUGGGGCCCGUGUCUGCCAUUGGGGUGACAGCUGCAGAGGAAGAGACCCCCGCCCCCACAGAGGAGGACGAGACCCCCAGCCCCACAGAGCCCAGCACGGAGGCCCCAGAGCCCCCCGAGGAGCCCCUCCUGGGGGAGCUGACGGUGACAGCUUCGUCCCCGGACUCGCUGGGCCUCUCCUGGACCGUCCCCCAGGGCCACUUCAACUCCUUCAGCAUCCAGUACAAGGACAGGGACGGGCGGCCGCAGGUGGUGCGAGUCGGGGGCGAGGAGAGCGAGGUGACCGUGUGGGGCCUGGAGCCGGGGCGCAAGUACAAGAUGCACCUGUACGGGCUGCACGAGGGCCGGCGUGUGGGCCCCGUGUCCACCGUGGGCGUGACCGCCCCACAGGAAGAAGAGGAGACCCCUCCAGCCACAGAGCCCCCCCUGGAGCCACGCCUGGGGGAGCUGACCGUGACGGCCGUGACCUCCAACUCCGUGGGCCUCUCGUGGAUGGUCCCUGAGGGCCACUUUGACUCGUUCAUGGUCCAGUAUGAGGACAGGGAUGGGCAGCCCCAGGUGGUACCUGUGGCUGCAGACCAGCUCAAGGUCACGGUCCCCAACCUGGAGCCAGCAAGCACAUACAAGAUGGACUUCUACGGGGUGCAUGGCGGGCAGCAUGUGGGCCCUCUCUCUGUGGUGGCCAUGACAGAUCCCCUCCCCUCAGCCCCAGCCACCACUGAGGCCACAGAGCCCCCCGUGGAGCCACGUCUUGGGGAGCUGACGGUGACAGAUGCCACCCUGGACUCUGUGGGCCUCUCAUGGACAGUCCCCGAGGGCGAGUUUGACUCCUUCGUGGUCCAGUACAAGGACAGGGAUGGACAGCCCCAGGCGGUGCCGGUGGCCUCAGACCAGCGGGCGGUCACUGUCCCCGGCCUGGAGCCCUCCCGCAAGUACAAGUUCCUGCUGUUUGGGAUCCGGGAUGGGAAACGACGCAGCUCAGUCUCCACGGAGGCAAGGACAGCCGCCCGGGGUGACGCCAGCCCAGGGGCCCCACCCCGCCUUGGGGAGCUGUGGGUGACCGAUCCCACCCCAGACUCACUGCGCCUCUCCUGGACGGUCCCCGAGGGCCGCUUCGACUCUUUCGUGGUCCAGUUCAAGGACAAGGACGGGCCCCGGGUGGUGCCUGUGGAGGGCCACUUGCACUCCGUCACUGUGAGCCCUCUGGACGCCGGCCGCAAGUACAGGUUCCUCCUCUACGGCCUUGUGGGCAAGAAGCGCCAUGGCCCCCUCUCCGCUGAUGGCACCACAGAGACCCUGCGCGCUGCGGAGGAUACCAGAACGAAGCGCCCACCAAAACCGCGUCUGGGGGAGGAGCUGCAGGUGACCGGCGUGGGCCCGGACUCCGUGGGCCUCUUGUGGACAGUGCCUGAGGGCCAGUUUGACUCCUUCGUGGUCCAGUACAAGGACGGGGCUGGACAGCCGCAGGUGGUGCCCGUGGAGGGCAGCCUCAGGGAGGUCAGCAUCUCGGGCCUGGAGCCAGCCCACAGGUACAAGCUGCUACUCUACGGGCUGAGCGACAGCAGGCGUGUGGGGCCCAUCUCUGCCAUCGCCGUGACCGCUCCCAGGGAUGAAGCUGAAGCAGAAGCUGAAGCUGAAGCCGAGGCCCCGGCACCUCCAACGUCUGAGCCCCGCCUUGGGGAACUGAAAGUGGAGGAGGCCACGCAACACAGCCUGCGUCUCUCCUGGGUGGUGACCCAGGGGGAGUUAGACUCCUUCGAGGUCCGGUACACAGAUGAACAUGGGCGACUCCAAGUGGCCACCCUAGGGGGUGACCGAAGCGACAUCACGCUGUCUGGCCUGGAAUCUGACCACCGAUACCUGGUGACCCUGUAUGGUUUCCGGGACGGGCAGCGUGUGGGUCCUGCCCACACCGAGGCCCUGACGGCCGCACCCGAGGAGGAGGAUCAGCCUUCAGAACCUCCCCCCACCAAGCCGCGCCUGGGGCAGCUGGCCGUGACAGACGCCACCCCUGACUCCCUGAGCCUGUCCUGGACGGUCCCCGAGGGCCACUUUGACCACUUCCUGGUGCAGUACAAGAACGGGGACGGGCAGCCCAAGGCGGUGCGGGUGCCGGGGCACGAGGACGCCGUCACCAUCUCGGGCCUGGAGCCGGACCACAAGUACAAGAUGAACCUGUAUGGCUUCCACGGGGGCCAGCGUGUGGGGCCUGUGUCUGCCAUCGGGGUGACGGCUGCAGAGGAAGAGACCCCCGCCCCCACAGAGGUGGACGAGACCCCCAGCCCCACAGAGCCCAGCACGGAGGCCCCAGAGCCCCCCGAGGAGCCCCUCCUGGGGGAGCUGAUAGUGACAGCAUCGUCCCCGGACUCGCUGGGCCUCUCCUGGACCGUCCCCCAGGGACACUUCGACUCCUUCAGCAUCCAGUACAAGGACAGGGACGGGCGGCCGCAGGUGGUGCGAGUCGGAGGCGAGGAGAGCGAGGUGACCGUGUGGGGCCUGGAGCCGGGGCGCAAGUACAAGAUGAACCUGUAUGGCUUCCACGAGGGUCAGCGUGUGGGGCCCGUGUCUGCCAUUGGGGUGACGGCUGCAGAGGAAGAGACCCCCGCCCCCACAGAGGUGGACGAGACCCCCAGCCCCACAGAGCCCAGCACGGAGGCCCCAGAGCCCCCCGAGGAGCCCCUCCUGGGGGAGCUGACGGUGACAGCAUCGUCCCCGGACUCGCUGGGCCUCUCCUGGACCGUCCCCCAGGGACACUUCGACUCCUUCAACAUCCAGUACAAGGACAGGGACGGGCGGCCGCAGGUGGUGCGAGUCGGGGGCGAGGAGAGCGAGGUGACCGUGUGGGGCCUGGAGCCGGGGCGCAAGUACAAGAUGAACCUAUACGGGCUGCACGAGGGCCGGCGCGUGGGCCCCGUGUCCACCGUGGGCGUGACCGCCUCUGAGGAGGAGCCUCCCGCUGUCCCCCUCCCAAAACCACGUCUCGGAGAGAUGACAGUGACAGACGCCACCCCCGACUCCCUGAGCCUGUCCUGGACGGUCCCCGAGGGCCACUUUGACCACUUCCUGGUGCAGUACAAGAACGGGGACGGGCAGCCCAAGGCGGUGCGGGUGCCAGGGCACGAGGACGCCGUCACCAUCUCGGGCCUGGAGCCGGACCACAAGUACAAGAUGAACCUGUAUGGCUUCCACGGGGGCCAGCGUGUGGGGCCCGUGUCUGCCGUCGGGGUGACAGCUGCAGAGGAAGAGACCCCCGCCCCCACAGAGGUGGACGAGACCCCCAGCCCCACAGAGCCCAGCACGGAGGCCCCAGAGCCCCCCGAGGAGCCCCUCCUGGGGGAGCUGACGGUGACAGCAUUGUCCCUGGACUCGCUGGGCCUCUCCUGGACCGUCCCCCAGGGACACUUCGACUCCUUCAACAUCCAGUACAAGGACAGGGACGGGCGGCCGCAGGUGGUGCGGGUGCCGGGGCAUGAGGACGCCGUCACCAUCUCGGGCCUGGAGCCGGGGUGCAAGUACAGGAUGAACUUGUACGGCUUCUACGGGGGCCAGCGCGUGGGGCCCAUGUCUGCUGUUGGUUUAACAGCCGCAGCCACAACAGAACCUCCCACCACCACCCCCGAGCCCCCCACCAAGCCGCGCCUGGGGCAGCUGGCCGUGACAGACGCCACCCCUGACUCCCUGAGCCUGUCCUGGACGGUCCCCGAGGGCCACUUUGACCACUUCCUGGUGCAGUACAAGAACGGGGACGGGCAGCCCAAGGCGGUGCGGGUGCCGGGGCACGAGGACGCCGUCACCAUCUCGGGCCUGGAGCCGGACCACAAGUACAAGAUGAACCUGUAUGGCUUCCACGAGGGUCAGCGUGUGGGGCCUGUGUCUACCGUCGGGGUGACGGCUGCAGAGGAAGAGACCCCCACCCCCACAGAGGUGGACGAGACCCCCAGCCCCACAGAGCCCAGCACGGAGGCCCCAGAGCCCCCCGAGGAGCCCCUCCUGGGGGAGCUGACGGUGACAGCAUCGUCCCCAGACUCGCUGGGCCUCUCCUGGACCGUCCCCCAGGGACACUUCGACUCCUUCAGCAUCCAGUACAAGGACAGGGACGGGCGGCCGCAGGUGGUGCGAGUCGGAGGCGAGGAGAGCGAGGUGACCGUGUGGGGCCUGGAGCCGGGGCGCAAGUACAAGAUGCACCUGUACGGGCUGCACGAGGGCCGGCGCGUGGGCCCCGUGUCCACCGUGGGCGUGACCGCCAUGCAGGAGGUGGUGGACGAGACCCCCAGCCCCACAGAGCCCAGCACGGAGGCCCCAGAGCCCCCCGAGGAGCCCCUCCUGGGGGAGCUGACGGUGACAGCAUCGUCCCCGGACUCGCUGGGCCUCUCCUGGACCGUCCCCCAGGGCCACUUCGACUCCUUCAGCAUCCAGUACAAGGACAGGGACGGGCGGCCGCAGGUGGUGCGAGUCGGGGGCGAGGAGAGCGAGGUGACCGUGUGGGGCCUGGAGCCGGGGCGCAAGUACAAGAUGCACCUGUACGGGCUGCACGAGGGCCGGCGCGUGGGCCCCGUGUCCACCGUGGGCGUGACCGCUCCAGAGGCUGAAGCUGUGACCGUUCAGGCUCCUCCCACCACCACCCCCGAGCCUCCCACCAAGCCGCGCCUGGGGCAGCUGGCCGUGACAGACGCCACCCCUGACUCCCUGAGCCUGUCCUGGACGGUCCCCGAGGGCCACUUUGACCACUUCCUGGUGCAGUACAAGAACGGGGACGGGCAGCCCAAGGCGGUGCGGGUGCCGGGGCACGAGGACGCCGUCACCAUCUCGGGCCUGGAGCCGGACCACAAGUACAAGAUGAACCUGUAUGGCUUCCACGGGGGCCAGCGUGUGGGGCCCGUGUCUGCCGUCGGGGUGACGGCUGCAGAGGAAGAGACCCCCGCCCCCACAGAGGUGGACGAGACCCCCAGCCCCACAGAGCCCAGCACGGAGGCCCCAGAGCCCCCCGAGGAGCCCCUCCUGGGGGAGCUGACGGUGACAGCAUCGUCCCCGGACUCGCUGGGCCUCUCCUGGACCGUCCCCCAGGGCCACUUCGACUCCUUCAGCAUCCAGUACAAGGACAGGGACGGGCGGCCGCAGGUGGUGCGAGUCGGAGGCGAGGAGAGCGAGGUGACCGUGUGGGGCCUGGAGCCGGGGCGCAAGUACAAGAUGAACCUGUAUGGCUUCCACGAGGGUCAGCGUGUGGGGCCCGUGUCUGCCAUUGGGGUGACAGCUGCAGAGGAAGAGACCCCCGCCCCCACAGAGGUGGACGAGACCCCCAGCCCCACAGAGCCCAGCACAGAGGCCCCAGAGCCCCCCGAGGAGCCCCUCCUGGGGGAGCUGACGGUGACAGCUUCGUCCCCGGACUCGCUGGGCCUCUCCUGGACCGUCCCCCAGGGCCACUUCGACUCCUUCAGCAUCCAGUACAAGGACAGGGACGGGCGGCCGCAGGUGGUGCGAGUCGGAGGCGAGGAGAGCGAGGUGACUGUGUGGGGCCUGGAGCCGGGGCGCAAGUACAAGAUGCACCUGUAUGGGCUGCACGAGGGCCGGCGCGUGGGCCCCGUGUCCACCGUGGGCGUGACCGCUCCAGAGGCUGAAGCUGUGACCGUUCAGGCUCCUCCCACCACCACCCCCGAGCACCCCACCAAGCCGCGCCUGGGGCAGCUGGCCGUGACAGACGCCACCCCUGACUCCCUGAGCCUGUCCUGGACGGUCCCCGAGGGCCACUUUGACCACUUCCUGGUGCAGUACAAGAACGGGGACGGGCAGCCCAAGGCGGUGCGGGUGCCGGGGCACGAGGACGCCGUCACCAUCUCGGGCCUGGAGCCGGACCACAAGUACAAGAUGAACCUGUAUGGCUUCCACGGGGGCCAGCGUGUGGGGCCCGUGUCUGCCGUCGGGGUGACGGCUGCAGAGGAAGAGACCCCCGCCCCCACAGAGGUGGACGAGACCCCCAGCCCCACAGAGCCCAGCACGGAGGCCCCAGAGCCCCCCGAGGAGCCCCUCCUGGGGGAGCUGACGGUGACAGCAUCAUCCCCGGACUCGCUGGGCCUCUCCUGGACCGUCCCCCAGGGCCACUUCGACUCCUUCAGCAUCCAGUACAAGGACAGGGACGGGCGGCCGCAGGUGGUGCGAGUCGGGGGCGAGGAGAGCGAGGUGACCGUGUGGGGCCUGGAGCCGGGGCGCAAGUACAAGAUGCACCUGUAUGGGCUGCAUGAGGGCCGGCGCGUGGGCCCCGUGUCCACCGUGGGCAUGACCGCCCCCUUGCCCACAGAGCCUCCCUUGGAGCCCCGCCUGGGGGAGCUGUCAGUGGGAACAGUGAGCUCGGAUGCCGUGCGCCUCUCCUGGACGGUGGCCCAGGGUCCCUUCGACUCCUUCCUGGUCCAAUACAAGGAUGCACAGGGACAGCCCCAGUCAGUGCCAGCGAGCAGAGACCUCCGUGAGGUCACUAUCUCAGGGCUGGAGCCGGCCCGCAAGUACAAGUUCCUUCUAUUUGGACUCCAAGAUGGGAAACGCCAUGGCCCAAUGUCUGUGGAUGCAAAAACUCCCGCAGACACGAAGCCCUCUCCCCGCCUGGGGGAGCUGACCGUGACGGACACAACUGCUGACUCUGUGCACCUCUCCUGGACGGUCCCCGAGGGUGAAUUCGACUCCUUUGUGGUCCAGCACAAGGACAGAGCUGGCCAGCUGCAGGUGGUGCCCGUGGCUGCAGACCAGCGCGAACUCACCGUCCACAGCCUGGAGCCCAGUAGGAAGUACAGGUUCCUGCUCUACGGCCUGGUGGGCAGGAAGCGACUGGGCCCCCUCUCUGCCGACGGCACCACGGCACCCCUGGAGGAGGAGCCGCAGCCCCCACCCCGCCUGGGCGAGCUGGCAGUGACAGACGAGAGCGUGGACUCCCUGCGCCUGGCGUGGACGGUGACCCAGGGCCACUUUGAUGCCUUCGUGAUCCAGUACAGGGACGCAGACAGGCAGCCGCAGGCAGUGCCCGUGGCUGCAGACCAGCGGGAGGCCACCAUAGAGGGCCUGGCGCCAGGCAGGAGAUACAAGUUCCUCCUCUACGGGCUCCUCCGAGGGAAGCGCCUGGGCCCCAUCUCCGCCCUGGGAGUGACAGCCUCCGAGGAGGACACACCAGCCCCCGACGAGGACACACCGACCCCCGAGACCCCUGAGACCCCUGAGCACCGUGAAGAGCUCCGCCUGGGGGAGCUGGCAGUGACUGAUACAGCCCCCGACUCCCUGCGCCUCUCGUGGACUGUGGCCCAGGGCCCCUUCGACUCCUUCGUGGUCCAGUAUCAGGAUGCAGAGGGGCAGCCCCAGGCCUUGCUGGUGGACAGCGACCAGAACGAGGUCGUCAUCACAGCCCUGGAGCCCAGCACCACCUACAAGUUCUUCCUCUACGGGCUCCAUGAAGGGAUGCGCCUGGGACCCCUCUCAGUGGAAGGCACCACAGGGCCAGCUCCUGCUGGUCAGACCCCGGGGCCCCGUCUGUCCCAAUUGUCAGUGACCGAUGUGACCACCAGUUCACUGCGGCUCAACUGGGAGGCCCCGCUCGGGGCCUUUGACUCCUUCCUGCUCCGCUUCGGGGUCCCCUCGCCGAGCACCCUGGAGCCGCACCUGCGACCUCUGCUGCAGCGGGAGCUGAUGGUGCCCGGCACGCGGCGCUCGGCCGUGCUCCGGGACCUGCGGCCCGGCACCCUGUACAGCCUGACGCUGUACGGGCUGCGGGGGCCGUACAAGGCCGACAGCAUCCAGGGCACCGCCCGCACCCUCAGCCCAGUUCUGGAGAGCCCCCGUGACCUCCAGUUCACUGACAUCAGAGAGACCUCAGCCAAGGUCACCUGGUUGCCCCCGCCCUCCAGGGUGGACAGCAUCAAAGUUUCCUACCAGCUGGCGGACGGAGGGGAGCCACUGAGCGUGCAGGUGGACGGCCGGGCCGAGACCCAUCAACUCCAGGGGCUGGCGCCAGGCACUCGCUACGAGGUGACCGUGGUAUCCGUCCGCGGCUUCGAGGAGAGUGAGCCUCUCACAGGCUUCCUCACCACGGCUCCCGACGGCCCCACUCAGCUGCGUGCCCUGAACUUAACCGACGGAUCUGCCCUGCUGCACUGGAAGCCCCCACAGGCCCCAGUGGACAAAUACAACGUCCGGGUCACGGCACCUGGGGCCCCGCCCCUCCAGGCUUCAGCCCCAGGCAGCGCUGUGGACUACCCGCUGCAGGACCUCGAACUGCACACCAACUACACGGCCACCGUACGCGGCCAGCGGGGCCGCAACUUCACCUCCCCGGCUAGCAUUUCCUUCACCACAGGAUUGAAGGCCCCCCAAGACCUGGAGGCCAAGGAGGUGACCCCGCGCACGGCCUUGCUCACUUGGACUGAACCCCAAGUCCCACCCACAGGCUACCUGCUCAGCUUGGACACCCCUGGAGAACAGACCCAGGAGAUCCUGCUCCCGGGAGGGGUCACCUCGCACCAGCUCCUCGGCCUGUUCCCUUCCACCCUGUACAACGUGCGGCUCCACGCCAUGUGGGGCCAGAGCCUGACGCCGCCCUUGUCCACCUCCUUCACUACCGGCGGGCUUCGGAUCCCCUUCCCCAGAGACUGCAUCGAAGAGAUGCAGAACGGCGUCGGCUCCUCAGGGACCACCACCAUCUUCCUCAACGGCAACCGCGAGCGGCCCCUGGACGUGUUCUGCGACAUGGAGACUGAUGGCGGAGGCUGGCUGGUGUUCCAGCGCCGGAUGGACGGACAGACGGACUUCUGGAGGGACUGGGAAGACUACGCCCACGGUUUUGGGAACAUCUCUGGGGAGUUCUGGCUGGGCAACGAGGCCCUGCACAGCCUGACGCAGGCGGGCGACUACUCCAUGCGCGUGGACCUGCGGGCGGGGGAUGAGGCCGUGUACGCGCAGUACGACUCCUUCCGCGUGGACUCGGCUGCCGAGUACUACCGCCUCCACCUGGAGGGCUACCGGGGCACUGCAGGCGACUCCAUGAGCUACCACAGCGGCAGCGUCUUUUCCGCCCGGGAUCGAGACCCCAACAACUUGCUCAUCUCCUGCGCUGUCUCCUACCGCGGGGCCUGGUGGUACCGGAACUGCCACUACGCCAACCUCAACGGACUCUACGGGAGCAUCGUGGACCACCAGGGAGUGAGCUGGUACCACUGGAAGGGCUUCGAGUUCUCGGUGCCCUUCACGGAAAUGAAGCUGAGACCAAGAAGCUACCGGUCGCCAGCAGAGGGCGGCUGAG